UUUUAUGUUGGGAUGUCUUUUCUUUUUGUUAAAUGUUUACUUUGAUAUUGUUUUUCUAGAUCUUGCAACAAACCAGGAGGAACUGGCAAAUUUGACGGGUCAGCACGACAGGCAGCAAUUUUCAGAUUUUGAGCAGAAUGCAACACGGCUGCUGAACAUCCUUCGCUACAUGCUUCAACAACAGGGCGAAAUGCUGAAUAUGAUUUUUAAGACAUUGUCUUCCAAGCUGUCUUCCACCUCAGUAACACCAUGCACAGCUUUGAUCGAGCAGCCUUUCAGCUGCUUGGAAGAACUGCUUGGAUUUGACGAGAAAAUGGACAGAGAAACAUCAAAUGCUUUGGUUAAUGAGUUCACGCAGCUUGGGGGCAGCGAUGGAAACUGGGCGACAAAAAGAAUACUGGCAUACUGCAUGACAGAUGAAGUGGCCGCGAAGUUUUCCUGGAUGGGGCGGAAGGGGAAACAUUGUUUCUCAGCCCUGAAAAUUGCCAAAGUAGUGAAAGAUUCUGAGUGACAAAAGGGUGUGAAACAGAAGGCAUCAAGGCAUCAGUGGGCAUUUUGUCUUCACUGAGUACUUCAUUGAGUGAAGGGCAGCCAGUCCACUGCAGUCUUUUUUUCUCGCAAGUCAUGGCUGCAUCCCUUUGAACGGCCUUUUUUGUGUGUAUCGAUCUUGAUAGAUUUGCUGCUGACAUGUCUCCUUUCUUUUAGUCCUCUCACUAUAUUUCUAUUAUUUUGUAAUCUAUUCCAUUGCAGUAUUUUUGUCAGUCUUAUGCGACUACUUCCGUUGCAGUUUGUGUUACCACUAAAGAAAGCUGAACUAGCUGGUAAAUGUUCACGCUUUUGCGUACAGCACAACAUGCAUAAAUGCACAGUACCACUUGUGUGUACUUCCUGUUGUCCAUUGUCAUGUUACGUGGUAUUGUAGGAACCAUGCUAAAGUGUAAGCUUACUACUGUCUGUCACAAUUCAAGUGAUGGCUAAGUUCCAGUGUGUUGCAAGGCGAGGGUACGAAACAGUUUGUUUACAUUUUAUUAUUCCUCUUUUGUGUUACGAUGUGGCCGUGAGUCGGAAAGGCUGCAGUAUAUUGAGCAGUACUGCAUGAGGACUCCAGUUUCAGUACAUAUCAACCGCUCCGUUCAUUGCUACUUACUUCUUUUCCUCAGGAAGAGGCGGCAGGGCUACUAGCGUGUAGCAAGUCAUUGCUACACAUAUUUCACAUUUAACCAUUCUUUGUCACUUCCAGUUUUACGUUUAUUUGUUACAAACAAUAAUUUCCUUGAUAGUUAUUUUACUGGGAAGUAUUUAUCAUUCAUACUGGUCUUUGCUGGCAGCAAAAAGUUUGCUCUCUUCUAGUCGUUUUACUUUUAUGCGUAGCGUUGUAUUUGUUUUCUUGCUGUCAGCCCAAAGUUCUUAUCUAGUACAUAGCGAGAAUCACUGUUUCAGUUCUUGUUUGCAUUUUGUUUUACUGUGACUUACUUUUUCGAGAAGAAACAGUAUUUUAUUUGUAGUGCAUUGCAAGUUUGUCACAUUUCAGCUUCUGUUUGCAUAGUUUUGUUCAUAUACAUGUGUAAACCAAGGAGGGAUCAUUUGCCGUUUCUAAGGUAUUGCUAGAAUUUGAAAAAUAAAGGCACGGUCCAGAUAAUUUAGGUCUCAGCUGUGCGAUAUUUUAGGUGUGAGGGUUGCUAGUACCUUUAUGUUCCUUAUGUACUCAUUACUGAGUGUAGUGAAACGUGAUAGCGUACUGAUUGCCAACUUUUUUUUCGGGGAUAGGAGCCUCACCUCAAGACUCAUUCACGCUAAUGAAACAGUGACUGCCUGCGCUCUGUUCACGUCUCGUAUUCCAUGCGACAUUCUGAGCUUUUUUCUCGUGCUCCCUGAUGUUAAGGUGAAGAAUAAGUGUACUAUAGUGAAAGAAGUGUACCAUGCUUUUGAAGUACACUGAGUGCUACACCUGGCCCUGCCCAGCUUGAUGUUCCUAAAUAUAUACUACCAAUAGUGGUGCUUAGUAAACACUCUUAUAUUAUGUGAUCUCAUUUCACUCUUGUAGCACUUGGGGGCUGGAAACAUUAAUGUACUGCUGUAAAAGCUGUCACCUGCAGCCUUUGUCUUAGUUUGUGCUAAUAAGUUGUUGACUUUUAUUAUAAUGCAGGACUGUCACAUGCAUUCUUUCUCUGAAUGUUACAGGUUUGCAGCAUCUUGUCUCGUGACCAGUUCUGUGUUUGAGUACUUGUAACACUUGCAUCACUAUACCGCCUCUCCAUGUAUUAAAUCGAGUUUUUGUAAUGGAAAUGAAUAAAGAUUUCU